AGCACCAUUCAACGGCUGCUCAGUCCUGCUCUGGCUUCCUAUGUUUAGCUGGGCAAUUUCUUCCUCCUGAAUGAUCCUCUCUUUUCUGCCUGACCUUGGUGAAGAUGACUGCUGUCCUGCUACUGAACCUUGCUCUCCUCCUGAACUUCUGCUACCCUGUUGGAGCUCAAGGAGGAGCCUUGGUGAGAAUACAGCCAGAAAGAGCUGCAGUGGCAUAUGGAGGCUCCAUUGUGUUUAACUGCAGUGCCAGCUGCAAGGAUCUCACAAAAAUUGGCCUCGAGACCAAGGAGAUGAUGGAGAGCAAGGGAAAUGGGACCACUUGGGCCGCUUUUCAACUCGUAAAUGUCAGCGAGUGGGACUCCACUCCAAAAUGCUACGCUCAUUGCAAUGAGACAACAACCCCUCAAAGUGCAACCCUCACUGUUUACCGAGCUCCAGAGCUAAUAGUGUUGGAUCCGUUGCCAGAGAUGGAGGUGGGCAAGGAAUAUAACUUGACAUGUCGGGUUACCAGUGUUGCUCCCAGACGGAACCUCGCUGUGACCUUCCUGAAAGGAGAGACAAUACUGUACCAGAAGACAUUUAGGGAGCACUCUGCACGUGAACCUGGUGACGUUGUGGUGACCCACAGCAUAACAGCUCAGCAAUCCAAGAAUGGGGAGGAAUUCAGCUGCCAGGCAGCCUUGGAUCUGAGGCCUGAAGGGCAGCUCUUUGAGAAGGCCUCCCGCAACCAAUCACUAAUGGCGGUCGUGUUUUCAGUGGAUCCCCAUCUCAACACCUUACAUGACAUAUUGGAGAUCAGUACUGAGAUGGAUGUGGAAUGUGAGGUGGCUGGGGUUUUCCCGGCCAAAGAGGCCCGGUUUGACCUGACGUUUGCUGGGGAGAGACUGAAUGUCAGCGUCAAUGUGUGGAAUGAUACGGCCACAGCCCAGGCUCAAGCAUCCUCCUCCUCAGUAGGAAAACAUGAGCUGAACUGCACAGUCUCUCUGGGGCCAAUAAUCAGAACUGCAACAAAAACGGUGGCUGUGUACAGUUUGCCUGACCCCAUCCUGCACGUUGACCCCCAAGCGGUCCUUGUCAACGAGACUGUGACCUUCACGUGCAAUUCUAGUGGCACUGGAUCCCCUGGCAUUAAAAUGCAGAUCAGAGACUCCAAGGGAACCUUCGCAUCUGCAAUCAAUUCUUCUCUGCAAGUUCUCCGGACAGCCCAGGAAGAAGACGAUGGGGGGGAAUUUACAUGCAAAGUGGAACUGAUGGUGGAUGGGCACCCAGUCCCAGUGGUAAAGGAGACCUCUGCAAAGCUCACGGUCUUCUAUGGGCCGCGAAUGAAUGAUACUAGCUGUCCCAGUAGCUUGGACUGGUCAGAAGGCAAUGAGGAGACUUUCUUCUGCUCAGCCUGGGGAAAUCCAAUGCCAACCAUUGAAUGCAGGAAGCAGACGGUGCUAUAUAAACUUGGGACACCACAGCGCAUCACCAGAGAUCAGGACGGGCUCUAUCGGUGCAAUGCUUCCAAUGAACUUGGCUCUGAUGUUAGAUACGUGACCAUCCGUGUUGAGUUUACCCAACCCAACACCCUGCUAAUAGGUCUGCUGUGUCUCGGUGCGGUGGCGAUUGCUUGUGUUGCUGGGGUGGCCUACAGGAUGUACUACAAUGCCCAUAAGAUUAGGAAAUACGUCCUAAAGCAGAAGCAGCAAGCUGCUGGACACCCCAUGGAGCAGAAGUCACUGAAUGGCAAUACACAGACUGAGACCGAUGACUGCUAAGUGGACAGGAGACUGCUGGGAGCUUAUCCUCAUGCUAGCAAGACUGCAGCUGCAGCUGCCCACCUUCCUAGGGGCAGAGAUGGGGAAAACAAUCUCCAGAAACUGAACAAAUGGUGGGCAGUCCUCUAACUGGACUUUGUCUUCGGCAUUCUUGGAGAGUGAUGGUGCUUGCACUUUCUGAUGGCUGUUGGCAGCAUUCACUACAAGAGAGCCCAUCUGAAGAGAUGGAAGCAGAGGUUUGUGAUUCGUGUACCUUUCACAAGACCUCCCCAUCGCUUUCCACCCCAAAUCCCACUGCUGCAGACUUGGAGCGCAAGAGAGAAACAGGCAGGCAGCUGAGACCUUCACACACUGAUCUGCCCGGACCAGAUGUCCUGAAAGAGAGCUGUGUUCAGUAAUCUGAUGGGAAGCAACACUAGGAGACCGGAUAUUGUACUGAAGUGGGGAAAGAAUGGAGGAACCACAUCCAGAAAGAGCUCUUCUCCCAACAGUGGAGGAUUCGGGGCUGAGCAUCCCCUGCAGGGUGUAGUGUCUGCCUGGAUCACUUUUGUAUCACUAGAUUUCCUGGGAUUAUCUGCAGAUGAUAACAUGAUCGCAGACGACAGUCUGGAAAUCAUUUCUACUUCUAGGACGAUUGUCUGGUGAACUUCUCAUAUGGCAAUGUGGCACUAGUUGGGACAUGAACAACUCUUGUGGCUUAGGAAGUGGCAAAGCCCACAUGACGUGGCAGGAACCUGGGAUGGUUUUCUAAUGUGCUUUCUGGCAUGUGGACUCACAUUUGUCUUGUUUAAGAAUCAUGCUAUGUGUCAUAACUCCACACAUGCAUGGAGUCCAAUGAUGGGCAGGGCACUGCUGGUUCCACUUGGAUGCCGGUGGUGCUUGCAGUGGGUGAGUUUGUUAAAGUUAUACCCUGCCACCUUCACUACCCUCACCCCUCCUCAAUGGCAGGCUUCACUGGUCCUGACUUCAUGCUCGCUCUCUCCCUUCCGCCCGCCAUUGUGACCAGGGACAUGCCCUUGCUCUCUCACUCUCCCAUGGAAGGAGCACUUAGCUAUUAGGCUGAGAUCAAGCCUGGUAGAGGAAGCCCUAGUUCACUAGGGCUUCC